GAAUCAUCUCAUGCGCUCAUUACGUAGCUAGACCAGCCUUCAGCAAGACGUAUUUUAUCAACAACCAUGAGACUCUUCAUACUCUUUGUGUUACUUCUGGUUGGUAUUGCCGCAGGAUAUCGCAUUGUCAACAGACCAUUGACUAAAGAAGAAAUGAAUAAGCUUUUGGAAGAAAUGGUUGCGGCAAACAACCCACCUCCACGACCACACGUUAACAUUUUGUAUCGAUAGAGGCCAUUCAUGAAUUUCACCUUCAAACAUUGCAUUUUUAUUAUUAUCUGAAUUUAAGUUUAUAUCAAUGCAGCUAUGUAACCGAUUAUGUUAGAUAUAUAAAAUAGUAUCAAGUAUAUAUGUUUAGACACAGAAAUUUAGUAAAUGUACUAAUGUUAUGUAACGUUAUCAUAUACAGUCUAAAUAACAUAAUUUUUAUGUUAGCUAUUCUAGCACGUCUUACAAAACGUCAAGAUUAACUCAACCUUACCUGAUAUAUUGAUAGUGGAUUAGAGUUGCCAGGUUUUUAAAAGGCUAGAGUAAGACAGUACUGCUGCCGGAUCUAUGGGGAGGACUUUCGGG